GAGGGUGAAGUAGUGGUCGAUAAUGCAUGGUGGCGUCGUUGGUGAGUGGGGGCAUGGGGGUACAAUAACGCAUGGAUUGCGAUGUGAGCAGGUCCGACCUUUGCAUACAAUGGGUGCACACCAUUAUAAGCUGAGCUCCUAGAACGUACGACCACAACGCUAAACUGAUAAAGGAUAGCAACAACCCAGGUGAUAAUCGCGAAGACAGCGAGACAACUUUAGAAGAAUUCUUUUGGGCUAACAUAAAUACGAGAUAAACGUAUAUUGAAUGUGAACCAUCGAUGACCACAGCUUAUAUCCAAAACAAUCAAAGACCCGAGGCUAUUGUGCAAUAUGAUUGAAGAUAUAGGGUCGCUGAGUAACCAAGGGAGAAGGCUCCUCCCUAAUGUCGUUGACGAAUUAGGUGCGGGUGAUCCCAGUCGCAUUUUUGUAUCCAUACCCAAGUCCACAAAUAUUCAAGAUGGAUUUCGAGACGUUGAUUUCAGAGAUCUCUCUCGAGCUAUCAGUCGUUGCGCGUGGUGGAUAGAGGAAACCCUGGGAUGUAGCAGAAGCUUCGAGACGCUGAACUAUGUUGGACCUCAAGAUUUGCGGUACGUCAUACUGUUAUUUGCUGCUAUCAAGACUGGAUAUCAGAUGUUCUUCAGUUCUCCAUGGAACAGCGCCGAGGGACACGUCGCGCUCUUAGAAAAGUUGAAUUGUGAGAUUGUCUUGAUUCCAGAAGUUUUACCACCCAUAAUCCAGACAGUGCUCGCAAAGAGACAAAUGCGGACUCUAGAAAUUCAGAGUUUACAAAAGCUACUCGCAGAUGGUGAUGUACCGUUGUAUCCAUAUGAAAAGACCUUUGAGCAAGCGAGACAUGAACCAUACGUCGUAUUACACACUUCUGGUUCCACGGGGUUUCCUAAACCCAUCAUCUUAACCCACGGAACCAUCGCUCACCAUGACACGUUCAUGCUCAAAUCACCCGGUGAGACUCCAAUCGCACUUUCGUUAUACAGACACAAGAGAGUUUUUCUUGGGCUAGGGUUGUUCCACAGUGCCGCAUUAUGCUUCAUCGCAUUUUCCAUCUAUUCCGACACCAAGUUGGUGCUUGCCCCACCUGGUCCAAUGACUGCCGAGAUAGCGAACUCUAUCCACGUAUAUGGAAAUCUUGAAGCAAGUUUCAUCAGUCCUGCAACUUUGGCCCCAAUUGCGAAGAAUCCCAUCUACCUCGAAAACAUUCGGAAGCUUCGCUACCUGAAUUAUGGAGGUGGCCCACUUCCAAGAGAAAUCGGAAACGUGUUGAAAUCGUACACCCAUCUUUUUGUCAAUUUUGGCGCCACAGAAACGGGGUUCUUUGCUCUCCAAAUCACAGAUGCAGACGAUUGGGAAUAUGUGAAUUUCAGUUCACGAAUGGGUCUGCAACUUCGACCUUUUGUUGGAGAGCUCUAUGAACUAUAUUUUGUUCGUGACCCAGAGCUUGAGCUUUCACAAGGAAUCUUCUCAACAUUUCCCCAUCUCACUGAGUACUCGACUAAGGAUCUCUUUUCAAAGCAUCCAACUAAGGAGAACCUAUGGUUGUUUGAGGGACGCUCCGAUGAUGUGAUUGUCUGUUCUACCGGACAAAAGAUCAACCCGAUGACAAUAGAAAAUCUACUCAAUGCGCAUCCCUCUGUAGUUGCAGCAGUAGUCUGUGGACAAGGAAGAAUGCAGGUUUCCUUGCUUAUAGAAGCAAGAAAUACACCAAGAAACGAGGAUGAAAGGAAUACUCUAGUGAAUGAGAUUUGGCCCACGAUUGAAUUAGGGAACGAGAAACAGCAAAGUCAAGGAAGAAUUACAAAGGGUCUAAUUGCUUUUGCAGCAGCUGAUAAACCUAUGGUCAGAGCGGGUAAAGGGACGAUCUUACGCAAAAUAACAGAGGAUCUGUAUCGAGAAGAGUUGGAUAAGAUGUACUCGACAUUAAAGGAUACUCCGUUCUGAAGUUUCAGAUAACGCCCCGGGAGAAUUUCCAAUGAUCAGACAUUCCAGACAUCUCCCCUGUAAUUAGGAUACAUCAAUGGUAAAAUGGACGAUUCGUAAGCAGCAACCCGUCUGGUAACUCGCUUGAUUACUCAAAAGGGGUAGACACCUUGAAGGAGAAACGGAGAAAGUUAAAGAUUAAAUCGAAAUCUCAAAUUGACACAGUAAACACGAAGCACAUUCCGAAAAUCUGAACCCUGCAACAAAACAGGACUGGAAUAGGAGGAAAUAAUUGCAGUCUUCA